UGGCUGCCCCCAUGGGCGCGCACGCUGCAAGCUGGCAGAGCCGGGGCCGCUCCCGCUGAUCCCGCGCCGGGGCCGGGGGAGCCGGGCUGGGCUGCCACCCCCGACCGGCACCUCUGCAUGGAGCCGCGAGAGUCCUGGGCGGCCUUGGCGGCUGGUGGAGUUGCUGGUGUCUGUGUUGACUUGAUCCUUUUCCCCCUGGAUACUGUAAAAACAAGACUGCAGAGUCCUCAAGGAUUUAGGAAGGCUGGUGGUUUUCGUGGCAUCUAUGCUGGUGUUCCUUCCACUGCGAUAGGAUCCUUUCCAAAUGCUGCUGCAUUUUUUAUCACCUAUGAGAAUGUGAAAUCCCUGCUGCCCCAUGGCUCUUCAUCUUACCUGUCUCCAGCGACACACAUGGUUGCUGCCUCCCUUGGGGAAGUGGUGGCGUGUCUCAUACGGGUUCCAUCUGAGGUCGUCAAGCAAAGGGCCCAGGUUUCUCCUUCCUCGAGCACCCUCCGGAUUCUCUCCCACACCUUGUACCACGAGGGUGUUCAAGGACUUUAUCGGGGUUAUAAAAGCACAGUAUUAAGAGAGAUUCCUUUCUCUCUGGUACAGUUUCCCCUCUGGGAGUCCUUAAAGGAUCUCUGGUCAUGGAAGCAGGGUCACGUGGUGGAUUCUUGGCAGUCAGCAGUCUGUGGAGCUUUUGCAGGUGGAUUUGCAGCUGUAGUCACCACACCUCUCGACGUAGCGAAGACGAGAAUUAUGUUGGCAAAGGCUGGUUCCAGAAAUGCCAGUGGGAAUGUUCUGACUGCCCUUAGUGGCAUCUGGAGGACACAAGGCCUGUCAGGCUUGUUCGCAGGUGUUGUCCCACGGAUGGCAGCCAUCAGCCUGGGAGGCUUCAUCUUCCUGGGGACAUACGAGAAGACUCGCCAGCUGCUGCUCUGAGCCAGCCCGGCCGGUCCCGCCGGUGGCCACCGAGGAGCUGGAGAAGCCGCAGGAGGAGUCGGGCGGCGAGCACAGCCUUCCUCCCGCCACAGCAGCUGUCCCGCAGGCUGAGAGCCACUCUCGCUGUUAGAGAGAAGCAAAUCCUCCAAUAAUCCAAUUUCCCAAACAUGAAAUUUUCCUGCAUGGAAAGUGAGUGAGGUCAUCGUGAGAGUUGUGCCAGCAAAGUAAUGUUUUGGGGGGGUAAACAGCUAAUUACGGUGGCUAAGAAAGGCGUUAUUAGAACUCCUGCAGGGCAAGUGUUUUGGAAACCUCCAGCUCGGGGGGCUGAGCUGGGAGGCUGAAAUAAAGCAAGUUUUCAUC